AUGGGACGCAACGCGCGGAAGCGUAUCUCGUACGUGCUGCCACUGGCCAACUCGGCGGGCGGCCACAGGCUGGGAGUCAAUGGCUUGGCCGUCGACCCCCAGAACUCGAUCCUCUACUCGGGCGGCCGUGAUGGCGUAAUCUGCGCCUGGGACCUGCAUCUCGACCUCGACCACUCCACCGCCGACGACGACGACCCCUUCGCCGACUCCAACACGACCGACUCCAAGCCCCCGCCCACGCAGUUCCGCAACCAGGUCCAGGCCCACACCCACUGGAUCAACGACAUCGUCCUCGCCCAGAACAACGACGCCCUCGUCUCCGCCUCCUCCGACAUCACCGUCAAGGUAUGGCGACCCGCUGCCACCGACAAGCUGCCCCCUCAGACGAUUGGCCUGCACACCGACUACGUCAAGCGCGUCGCAUCGCCGGGCGGCAACGAGAACUGGGUAGCUUCGGGCGGCCUCGACCGCAAGAUCAGCCUGUGGGACCUCAAUGGCGCCGGCAAGAAGCUGGAGAUUGCUGUCGGCGAGGAUGAGAACACCGCCAAGGGCUCUGUAUACGCCCUGGCAGCAACACCCAACCUCAUCGCUAGUGGCGGGCCGGAGAGCAUCGUCCGCGUGUGGGACGCGAGGUCGGGCAAGCGCAUCACCAAAUUUGUCGGUCACACGGACAAUGUGCGCGAUAUCCUCCUGGCGCAGGACGGCGACAUGAUCCUGACGGGCUCGUCCGAUCAGACGGUCAAGGUGUGGUCCAUGACGGCAGGCCGCUGCAUGUACACGCUUACUAUGCACAACGACAGCGUCUGGUCUCUGCACUCCGACUCGCCCGAACUCGAUGUCUUCUACUCUUCCGACCGCUCUGGCAUAGUCGCCAAAAGUGAUGUGCGCAACUGCGCCGAGAUGGACGAGGGACUCUCGCUAGCAGUGUGUCAGGAGCACGAGGGUGUGAACAAGGUUGUCGCAGCUGGCGACUAUAUCUGGACUGCAACCUCCAGCUCGAGCAUCAACCGGUGGAACGACGUCGAGACAGCAGCUGAGGUGGAGCUUCCGGAAUCUUACAAGUGGCACAGGAACAGCGUGUCGACUAUGCGAUCGCGCAUUCCUUCGCCUCCCGCUGGCAGCCCUCCGAAGAACGAAACGUCUAAGAUUCCGCUCAAGUCUCUACUGCGCAUGUCCAAUACUGCGCCAUUCCCGCAAGCGCUUGCGAGCAAGGAUGCAGAUACCUCAACUCUAGCCAGCACGCGCAAACCCUCCGAAGUACUAGCGGCUCCCGAACACAGCGCUGUUGGGACCGUCCGGGCACUACCAGACUUUACAAUCGAAGGCCAGAACGGUCUCAUCAAGCAUCAUCUGCUCAACGAUCGGCGAAGAGUCCUCACUCUCGACACUGCGGGCGAGGUGGUUCUAUGGGAUCUACUGCAAUGCGCACCCAUCAAGUCAUACGGCAAGAAGCACAUGGAGGACGUCGUGCCAGAAGUUAACACCGUCGACACCGUCGCUCACUGGUGCGCUGUCGAUACAAGGAUAGGGACCUUGACGUGCAUGCUCGAAGAGAACUACUGCUUCGAUGCCGAGACAUACGCAGAUGAGCUGGAGCUAGAGGAGCAGAUUGACUUCCGGGAAGACCACCGCAUAAACCUUGGCAAAUGGAUAUUGCGAUACCUUUUCUCCAAUCUCAUCGACGAGGAAAUCAAGCGCGAUGAGGUCCUGCGCGCAGAGCUGCUCAAACAGAAGGAAGAACAACCUCAGCCGGGUCGCCCGACAAACAUUGAGCUACCGAACAUGAACAUCAACGGAUGGACAGAUGCGACUUCAGGACCUGCUUCAGGCUCGACCAUCAGAGCUGACGGAAUGCGCCUACCGCAUACGCCAGGUUUAGCCAUUGGUCUAGCCACGCCAAUGGCAGCACCUAUGAGUGCAGGACGCAACUCUACCACCAACCCCUUGACUCCUACCAAGGAAGAGGGCGCACAACUGGAGAAGACGCAAACCCAACGGAGCUCGACUCAAGAAGGCGGUGACUACUUUGGUUCUGCCUCUGCUGCUAACGGCAACGGAAGUGGAAAAGCCACCGAGGCUUCGAAAGACGGCUCUGCGGACUCAAAAGAGGAAACUGUCCAGUCACCUACCGAGGCCGAUACGCCAGCUAAGAAGGGCAAAGGCAUGUUUGGUAAGAAGUUUAACAUGGGCUUUAGCAUGAAGAAGUUUAGCACUGGCACAGCUGCCCCGGAGCCAGCCAAACCCGCCGUUGACGAAAAGGCCGAGGACAGCGAUGCACACUCCAACAAGACGGAUGAAAAGACCAUUGAAGAUAAUUUCUUCGGCGCUCUUCAACGGAUACGGCAGGGUUACGAGGAACAGCUUGCGGCCGGCGCGACCAAGCUGGACACGCAGAUUGCACCCAGUCUGCCUAACGAAACACCCGUACUAAAACCACCUGCUAUGACCACCAUCCUGAUCCAAGAGGACCGACCCGACUCCGGCGGUGUAGCCGACCUGUUCGAGGGCAAAGUCGGAACCCUAGGAACCCAAGCCGACCUCAUCGAAAAAGCCGCACCAAUGUGGCUAGCAGAAGUCCUACUACGAAACCAACUCCCGCCCAAAGACAUCGUCAAAGUAUCCUUCGUGCUAGAACCGUUUAACAACACGCUCCCCUCCAUCUCAUCCGACGGGUACAUUCCCUUUGCCCUCCCCUUCGAAACCGCCGCCAGCGCUAACGCGACUCUCAGUAACAACCGCCUCAAUGCAAAUAGAAUGUUGCGCGCACGCAAGAUACUGGGUUAUGUGGCUGAGCGCAUUGAACCCGCGCCCACCAAGGAGGAUCUCGAGAAGUCGGCGGAGAGUGGUGGCGUGCUUAAGCCGGAUGAGUAUUUGGAGUUGUAUUGUAAUAAUCAGUUAAUCCCGCCAACCAUGACACUAGCCAGUAUCCGCGCACACAUCUGGCGUGGCGGCGGCGACGUCCUCCUCCUUUACAAAGCCAAUGGCCGCAAGGAAAUCAGACAUGCACCUUACCCUGGACCGCAGUCUGGUGCGCCUCCUGGUCCUAUGCAUGGAUUGAAGGUGGGUGCCGGGUUGAACUCGCAGCCUGGGAGUAGCAAUGCGAGUGAGGGGAAGCAGAGCAGUGAGGCGGAUAGGAGUACUAAGGAUGCUGCGGUUUUUGGGCCGUAG